GGUAAAGUGGAGGCAGAGCUCCACCUACUAACAGCGGAAGAGGCAGAGAAAUCCCCGGCCGGCCUCGGCCGCAAUGAGCCGGAUCCUCUGGAAAAACCAAACCGGCCAGACACAAGCUUCAUUUGGUUUCUCAACCCCCUGAAGUCUUUCCGCUACUUCAUCUGGCAUACUUACCGCUGGCUGAUCCUGAAAAUCCUCAUCCUCAUCCUUCUUCUCCUCAUGGUGGGCCUCUUCCUUUACUCUGUGCCUGGAUACCUAGUGAAGAAGAUCCUCGGAGCCUGAGGAGGGUCU